AUGUGUUCCCAUUUCUCUAUCGUCUUCCUCAUUCACUACCCUGCUCAUUUGAAGGACCAGACACAUUUGUUCGUUAUACUGUGCAGGGAUUAUGAUCCUCGGACUGAACUCUCUUUGGAUGGUGAAAUGGAUCCAAUGUCCGCACCAAUUGAAGAUUACACUGAAAAGAGCCUUGGUAAUGGCUGUUGUCAGACCGGCCAUGUAUCAUGUUCAUUAACACUAGAUAAACAGAUUUUCGUUCCUGGGGAAAACAUUAAUGCUACAAUCACAUUACAAAAUAUUUCCUUCCGUAAAUGUGGUUCAUGUAAUAUGCAGCUAAAGCAGAUAAUCCGUUGCAGUGAUGCAUGUCCAGUUGUAGUGAUUGUGGCCAGUUCUAAGUUGUGUGAAUCUCUUCGUCCCGGUCAAAGUUGCCAUUGGCAAGGAUAUGAAUUUACAGUGCCUGCAACAUGUCCUUCACGACUGGACAUGUGUAAAAUUAUCAGCAUCAAAUAUUGUGUGGCUAUUGACACCAAUUUUGAUGAUUUCAAUUUAUACGCUGCUGUUCCAAUCAUUAUUGCAACUGUGCCUGAAACUGGUGUUGAAUUGGCAAGAUGGUCUUACAAAGGUAAGGACACAACUAUUACAGCAAGCCAGGCUUCCAAGAAAGGUGUUUAUCAAGAAGCAGCAGAACUUCCCCACACAGAAUUCGCUCCCAAAUAUAAAAUGUAUGACUACCUUCCAAGCCAGUCAAUACAAGAAAGUAGUAUGGUGAUUGAUCUUCUGCAUAGUCCAGGGCAGCAGAGACGACUGAAACAGAAAUAUCGGAAUGGAGAUGUUGAUGGCACCAUGCUUCUUGAAGAAGACAAACAUUCAGUGCCACAAAACCCAGAAACAUAA